CAAGGUCUAUAAGGUCCUCGCCGCGAAGGCAUCCGUGCCAACCUAGCUCAGGUCGACCCCCUUCUUCGCUCGUACCAAGGUCUCGGUCUCGCCGCGAAGCAUGUCUGCGAGCUGGAAGCUUUUCUGGAGGCAGUUCGCCGCGCUCGUGUGGAAGAACUGGAUCGUGCUGUCGAAGCACCCAUGGUUGAACGUGUUGCGAUGCGUGCUGCUUCCCAUCGGAUACGGCGUGUUCCUCGCGGUAGCACAGCUGUUCCUGACGAAGCCCAAUAACUACGGGCUAGGAACCGCAGUGGCCGUUCCGCGUUUGACCGACCAGUACGAUGGAUCCAUUGCUCUCGUCUGGGCGGACAGUACCGAUGGCACAGGGUCGCCGUCGGCUCAGGAAAUCAUGUCCUAUAUCGCGAGCGGAUUCAACUCGAGGCAGUCAGGUAACUUUCAAAAGGUAGCUUCCGCAGGUGACAUCCCCCCGACAUGCCCAGAGAACUUCAAUGGGUUCUCGGAGUGUUACGCCGCGGUUGUGUUUAACAACCUACCGAGCAACAGCAGCACCUCUCCAAGUUCGGCGAACGCAAGCGCGCUUCAGGCGUACAACUAUACCAUUCGGGCGGAUAGCGGUCUAUACUACAUCAAUGUGGCCAAGCACACGAGUAGCUAUGAGGAGCGCGUUCUCCCCUUACAAUGGGCGAUCGACAGCGCGAUCAUCGAGCUGACAACAGGUCAAACACCGGAGACGCCGAUAGAGUGGCCUUUUACUCAGGAGACCAACACCGAGCAAUACACGGAUAUCCGGCUGAGCUACAUCCGCGGUCUGCGGACGCUGCUCGUGCUCGCUCUGUUCAUCUGCUACAUCGGAAUCGCGUACCAGCUUCCGGGCUCCUUCAUGGGCGAGCGCGCGAACCUGCUCACGAGCCAUCUGCAGGCGAUGGGGCUCAUGGACUCGGCGCGGAUCCUCUCCUGGCACGUCAGCACCUCGCUCGUAUACCUCCCCGCGUGGAUCGUGGUUGCGCUCAUCUGGCACUACCGCAUUUUCAGCGCGACGAAUGCAGGGCUCGUGCUCGUCGUGCACCUCCUGCUGGGCUUCACCCUCGCGAGCUGGUCCUUCUUCGUGUCCGCGCCGUUCGGGAAGAGUCCGCAGCUCGCCGCCAUUGCGUCGACGGUACUGGCCAUCGUGUUUGCGAUAUUGGCAUUGGUGGAUGGGCAUGCGGGCACGGGUGCGGCGUUCUUCUACACGCUGUUCUUCCCCCCUGGGUUCUAUAUCUUUGCCAUUCGGUGUAUGUGUGGGUUUGAGCUUCAGCAGGUUGGGACGAACAUCAUCAAGCCGGACCCGGACAACCAAUUGGUCUUGCUGCCUCUGAUCUUCGCUGCUAUCAUUGACAUCUUCCUGUGGCCGUGGCUCGCGAUCCUACUGGAGCGUCGUCUGUACGAUGCACGCAAUCCAUCCACAUUCUCCUGGCGUUUCUGGAGGAAGAAGACAGCGGCGCAGGAAGAGGGUGUUCAGCAGGUCCCGCCUGGUAUCGCCAUCUCUAUCAAGAAUCUUGGCAAGGACUUCAGGACGUCGAUGUUCAAGAAAGGCGGAGGGUUGGUCACAGCCGUCGCGGAUCUCAGUUUGGAAAUACCAAAGACAGGUAUCUUCGUGUUGCUCGGAUCGAAUGGUGCUGGAAAGUCGACAACAAUGUCAGUCCUUGCAGGUCUCAUCGGCCGCACGCGUGGUUCAGUCACCUUUGAAGGUGGAACGGAGCGCCCGCCGCUCGGGACUAUCGGCCUGGUCCCGCAAAAGAAUGUCUUGUUCCCAGAGCUGACCUGCUACCAGACAUUGAAAGUCUGGAAGGCCAUCAAGCCGCCGAUGAAUGAGAACGGCCCGGAUGAGGAGGACAUUGAGCAACUCCUGCGCGAUUGCGAUCUGGGCAAGAAGAUCCAUUACAAUGCAAUUGCGCUGAGCGGUGGUCAGAAGAGGAAGCUGCAGUUAGCGAUUGGAUUGGUUGGAGGAUCGAGGAUCUUGCUGGUUGAUGAGUGCACAUCUGGUGUAGACCCGCUGUCUCGUCGGGCGCUUUGGAGGACACUCACGUCUGUUCGUCACGAAAGGACAGUAGUUUUCACUACGCAUUUCCUCGAUGAAGCAGAUUUACUCGCAGACACUAUUGCGGUCCUCGCCGCACCCGGAAAGCUCGUUGCACAGGGUACACCAGUGGCGCUCAAGUCGCAUUAUGGUCAAGGCUAUACUGUGCAAGUCACCUUGAACACUCCUGUAGACACGCAGGAGAAGUCGCCAACGGACCCAGCAGAGGUACUCGAGCGCAUACGGCCGCUCGUUCCAGGCGCCUACGUAACCGCCGCCGCACCUGGGGAAGCCACCUACCACUUGAAUGCCAAGGACCCAAGCACUGUUCACAAGGUACUCGACGUGAUGGAAGGGGAACGCGAGGCAGGCAAGCUGGCCUCGUACUCCGUGCUUAGUACCUCCAUUGAGGACAUCUUCUUGGGGCUCAUGCAUGCCAACAACGCCGGGACGCCGGAAUCGUCGGAGCGUUCAUCGUCGGCCUCGCCUUCGCCUGUCCCAGGCGAGCAUGACAAGGUCGAGAAGACGACGGGGUCCGCGCUGCUACCCGUGCUCUCCCAUGGCAAUGCUCCCGUACUGGAGCUAACCACUGGGCGCAAGAGGUCCCCUCUGAGCCAGGCGCUUACCAUCUUCCAUAAGCGUGCUAUGAUUGCCCGCCGCAGCUGGUUGACACCAUUGCUCGCAGUCUUAGUCGCCAUCGGAGGCUCCUGCGUCCCGCUGUUCUUCAUCGCAGGUCGGGCGCGUCCAGCGUGUGUCCAGACGUACCAUAAUGCCAUUCCUAUCCCGUUGUAUGCGCCGGAGUCUCCCAUCGUUUUGGCAGGUGCCAACUACACAGUCCCGGGCGAGCAGAUCCUCCAGUCGCCUCCUGGCCUGCUAUCUUCGCUCGGCUCGACGAUGGAGUUGGUGCCCGUCAGGAACAUCUCGGACAACUCGACGUUCGUCAGCACCAUCAACCAGAACUACCAGAACUUGUCUCUAGGUGGCGUGUCCAUGGACCUUGAUACGGGCUCUAUGCUCUUUGCGUGGGAGGCAACGCCUCCGGGGUAUACUGGUCUAGUGAUGCUCAACCUGGCCUCAAACUUGGUGUAUAACCAUGCUUUGAACAGCUCAGGCGCGAGGCUCGCCGUGCCGAGAGUCAUCGCGACGAACUUCGAGAAUCUCGUCGGAUUCAAUGCGGGGACAUUAGUCGCUCUGAAGUGGCUUGCGUUCUAUGGAGCUGCUAUGUCUGUUUUCCCUGCGUUCUUCUCGCUCUAUGUUUCGAAGGAGCGGCGGUCGGCAGUCCAGGCCAUGCAGUUGUCGAACGGGUUGGCCAACCCGGUUGGUCUGUGGCUGGGCCAUCUUAUGUUCGACACCUGCUUCUCCAUCGUGAUUGCGAGUGUCAUUAUAAUUGUUUUCGCUGUCGCUUCGAAUCAAUUCGCUGGUCUUGGAUUCUUUUGGGUGGUUCUUGUGCUAUAUGGCAUCGUUGGCGCGUUGUUUUCAUACUGCGUCUCUUUGGCGGUCACCUCGCCCCUGGCAGCAUUUGCAGCGUCGGCAGGUUAUCAAGUGAUCAUGUUCAUCCUCUACUUCGCGGCGUUCCUUCUGACCCUCACCUACGCGAAGACGUCGGCGGAUAAUGCUGAUCUAAAACUUAUUCACUUCACGAUGGCUAUCGCGUCACCCGUAGCUAACGCUCUACAAGCGGCAUUCGUAUCUGUCAAUCUUUUCUCCCUGCUCUGCGACAAUAAUGAGCCCGCUACGACAACUUCCAUGGGGAUGAUGUCUCGGUUCGGUGGGCCCAUCGUCUAUUUGAUUGUCUACGCAUUUGUGCUCUUCGGGAUACUAGUCUGGGUAGACUCCGGCUCGGUCCUUCCACGGCGCUUCAAUUCGUCGAAGAAGCGACUACGUACAUUGCACACGGAUGCUCCAGCGUCUGUUCUCGCCGGGCGCAAGGAUGUAGACGAUGAGGGGGCGGCAGUGGCAGCGUCUAACGAUGCGCUCCGGGUCCUCAAUGUGGUCAAAGCAUUUGGGUCAAGCGACAACAGGGUUGUGGACAACGUCAGCUUCGGAGUAUCGCAAGACACAGUUUUCGCUCUCCUUGGCCCAAAUGGCGCCGGCAAGACAACAACGUUUAACAUGAUCCGUGGCGACGUCAUCCCGGACGAGGGCGAUGUCCUCAUCAACGGCGUUUCUGUGGUCCACCACCCGCGCUCCGCCCGUCUCUCACUGGGAGUCUGUCCGCAGUUCACCGCCAUCGACUCCGAGCUGACCGUGGAGGAGCAUUUGAUCGUAUAUGGCCGCCUGAAGGGGCUGUACCGUGGCGAGGAGCUCACUCGGAACGUUCAAGCGUUGAUGCGCGCGACGUCGUUGGAUAUUUAUGCGGGCCGCCUGGCUGUACGGCUGUCGGGUGGAAAUCAGCGCAAGCUGGCGUUGGCCAUCGCGCUCAUAGGGAACCCCUCUGUCGUGCUCAUCGAUGAGUUCUCUACGGGUAUUGACGCUAAGAUGAAACGUGAGAUGUGGGGUACGCUCAGGACAGUCGCAGUGGGCAAGGCUAUUGUCAUCACGACACACUCCAUGGAGGAAGCAUCUGCACUGGCCAACAAAGUCGGCAUAUUGGCGAAGAAGAUGCUAGCCGUGGGCACAACUGAUGCAUUGGCUGAACGGUAUGCCACCUACGAGGUCCAUUUCUCUUGCCGGACGCGCGAGGAGGUCGUCCGGGCACAGGAGCUCAUGACGCAAAUUCCUGGAGCGCGCAUGGCAGAUGACGUCGCAACACGCUUCGAAGUGCCGCUCGGGACGGAUAUGUCCCUUGCGCGACUCUUCGGGCUACUCUCAUCGCAAGAGGACUUCGCGGAGUUCACCGUAGAAAGAGCGGGUCUCGAGAGCGUGUUCUUGAAGGUCAUUAGAGAGAAUGACGUGCUCGAGGAGGACCGCUCGACGCCUAGGCGGAGGUGGUGGAGGACUUGCUGAUAGUAGCAUGUCGUUGAAGACGUGGGACGCUGGAUUCUUUCUACCUAUUUCAGUCAAGUAGAGCCAACCGGAAGGACAUAAUAGAGUACAUAAGUACAUAUGCACUGCUUAGAUCGGACUGUGACACUACAUGGUAGACAACCGGACUGUACACCAUCCAUACAUUUUUGUUGCUAUCACCACGCGCAUAAGUAUAUCGAUAGCGUAUUGUAUAUGUACAUAGGUGAUGUCAUUGACAAAUGCAUAUUCCUGCGUGGUGCUAGUGCAUCGAAUACA